UACCUUGAGAGCCUGUCCAAGUGGGGCUCCAUCUCUGCACUUGCUCCUCUCUAAGGCCCCGCCCUCCGGGGAAGCGGGGAGAAAACCGGGCCGAGCCAUUCUUCGCCCUUCCCCUCCCCCGGAUCGCCCGGAGAGGUCGGGAGGCGAUGACCCCCAAGCCAACCGGACCCCCGGACGGGGGCUGGGGCUGGGUGGUGGCGGCCGCAGGGUUCGCGGUGAAUGGGCUCUCCUACGGGGUGUUACGCUCCCUGGGCCUCGCCUUCCCUGACUUCGCGGAGUAUUUUGACCGAAACGCUCAGGAGACGGCAUGGGUCAGCGCCCUGGCCCUGGCAGUGCAGCAGGCAGCCAGCCCAGUGGGCAGUGCCCUGAGCACCCGCUGGGGGGCGCGCCCCGUCGUGAUGGUUGGGGGCGUCCUCACCUCGCUCGGCUUCGUCUUCUCGGCUUUCGCACACAGUCUGCUGCACCUCUACCUUGGCCUGGGCGUCCUUGCUGGCUCCGGCUGGGCCCUGGUGUUCGCCCCUGCCCUGGGGACCGUCUCCCGUUACUUCUCCCACCGUCGAGUCUUGGCCGUGGGGCUGGCACUCACGGGCAACGGGGCCUCCUCGCUGCUCCUGGCGCCCGCUUUACAGCUCCUCCUUGAUAAUUUCGGCUGGCGGGGCGCCCUGCUCCUCCUCGGAGCCGCCACCCUCCACCUCACCCCCUGUGGUGCCCUGCUACGACCCCUUGCUCUUCCUGGCGACCCCCUGGCCCCACCCCGAAGCCCUCUAGCUGCCCUCGGCCUCGGUCUCUUCAGACGCCGGGCCUUCCUAGUUUUGACACUCGGCACGGCCUUAGUGGGGGUCGGUUACUUCAUCCCCUACGUGCACCUGGCUCCUCACGCUUUAGAUCGGGGCCUGGGCGGGUAUGGGGCGGCGCUGGUGGUGGCGGCGGCUGCGAUGGGGGAUAUCGGCGCUCGGCUCCUCUGCGGUUGGCUGGCGGACCAGGGUUGGGUGCCCCUCCCGCGGUUGCUGACGAUAUGCGGGGCUCUGACAGGCCUGGGGCUGCUGGCGGUGGGAUUGGUGCCGGUGGGGGGGAACGAGGACAGCUGGGGGGGCCCCCUGCUGGCCGCGGCUGGGGCCUACGGCCUGAGCGCCGGAAGUUACGCCCCGUUGAUUUUCUGUGUGCUCCCGGAGCUGGUGGGCAUCGGAAAUGUGGUACAGGCCACCGGGCUGGUGAUGAUGCUGCUGAGCCUCGGGGGGCUUCUAGGCCCUCCCCUGUCAGGCUUCCUAAGGGAUGAGACUGGAGACUUCACCGCCUCCUUCCUCACGUGCGGCUCUUUCGUCCUCUCUGGCAGCUUCAUCUAUUUGGGGCUGCCCAAGGCGCUGCCCUCCUGCCGUCCGGCUUCACGUCCAGGCACUCCACCCCCUGAGAUGGGGGAGCUGCUCCCGGUACCUCAGGUUGCCCUGCUCUCCCCGGGAGACCCUCACUCCACUCUGGACACCACUUGUUGAGCCCCUCCCCCAAUAAAGACUUUUUAUCUGCUUUUCCUGCAA